GUGAUGAUACAGUGAUGCACUUGGCCACGGCUGAAGCCUUGGUAGCUGCUGGGAAAACCCCAAAUUUAGCACAUCUCUAUUCCCUGAUGGCAAAGAACUAUAAGGAAUGCAUGAAUGAUAUGAAGGGUAGAGCUCCAGGUAACAAAGCCAGUGAAUUAAGUGACACAAGUAUGGGCAUACUUCUUUUCUCAUGAUACAACUGCAUCUGCCUCCACAGGUCUCCAGGAUACCAUGUGAUUCAGAAACUGCCUUUCAGUCCAAGUGUGUGGAAUUACCACUAUGUGGUUGUUUUAAUUCACUUUUUUAUGUGUAUUGAUUGAUGAACUGUUACUGUCUGUGCUCAUGAAGAGUCUAGAUGAGUGGACUGGAAGCCUAUUCCAGGAAUAGUGACCAGUUGCACUUGAAACUUCUUCAUUCACUGAUUUUUGCUUGUAUUUCUUCUUUCCUUAGACCAGUACCCUCCUGAGGUUACUUUUAGCUUCUUGUUGUUAGUACAAAGCAUUCCUAACCAGGAUUUGCUGGAUUUUCAGGACAUAAUUUCCUGAUUCAAAACCAUCUGGACUGAUCUCAGGGGUUGGCUGGCUGCGUGGCACUGCAAAACCAACAAGUCUCAUCUACUGGGCAGGGUGUUGACAGCGGUGUCACGCCAAAGGCUGGUGUGCUGGCACAGCAAGCACGGAUGACUCUGCUGCAAUGGCAGGUCUGGUUCAUGCCUGGGUCAUGCUGUGGGGAAUUCAUGAGAGCUGAAGUGGCCUGACAUUGUGGGCUGCGCUGAUUGGCAGCCUGCUUUUUCCUGUGGGGGAGACUCGCAUAGCUGUUUCCAUUCUCAAAGUUGAUUUUGGUCAAGAGGCUGCAGGGCAAAUAGCCUGGCAGCCACAGGAUCAAGCGGCUUUCUCAGUUUGAGACAGCCAUUCAUGGGGAGCUGGGCCACCCCUUCCCUCUGCACAGAGGCCCGUGUCCUGCUCUCAUCUAGUAAAUAUAACAACACUGUUGGAAAAGAAAGAUGCUCAACACACAUAGAGCAGCAUGUGACCUUAUUACUGACAGCAGCCAGCCAUUAUUUCUUUCAGCCUAUGUUCAGAAGCCAGUCUUCAAGCUGUGUUUGGAUAUGAAGGUAUUUCAGUUACAAGGGUGCUGUAAAUGCUAUGUGCAUGUCCAAUAGGCUGCCAUAUACUAAAUCCUACUGCAAAGCAUACACAUGAAAGUGCAAAGUGAAGAGCUCUGCAGAGUACUUGUUGCAGUACCUACCUGUGAUUAGCAAGGUCCCAGAUCACGGUGAUCAAAUCGCACCAAAGGUAAUUGAAUUGUAGAGUUAGGUGAAGUUUCCUGACCAGGCUUCUUCCUUGCUUCUAUUUUGUUUAGUUUGACUGUCAAAGUAACAGAGCACCCUCAAGUUUAUCAGCUACAUAUCCCAGCAAAGUGUAGGAACAAUGGUCUAAUUUUGGGUGUGAGAGCAUGCCAACUGUUGCUGUUACCCUAUGUAUCUGAGAGAGGACUGGGCAAGUUGGGGUUGGGUGAAGACUAAUUUUUUGAGUCCUACUUUUGCCAUUGUCCAGUACAUUAAAGGUUAAAUGCAGCUGCUUGAAACCUGCCCUUCAUUUAGCUUCAUCUGGAAGAGCAGCAUUUCAGAUUUGGCCAAGAAGAGAAGACUAGAAGAAAAAGGCAAGGUAGAAGACAAAGAUAAUUUAAUGUUUCAAACCUGCUUCCUCUUCCUUGCACACAAGCAUUUGGGCUUAGCUCUCAGAACAUGUUUUGAAGUCUUGGCUGGGGAAGCUGGCUGGCUUCCCACCAGAAGAGAGGCAAAAUUGGACUAGGGUAUGAGCUUGGAGCAGGAGAAAACUGAGGAAGGGGGAUAAAGUACAAUCCUGAAUACCAUGGAGCAUGAAAAGUUAUUUUUUGUAGUGAAAAAAUAAGGGGGGAAUUUAGGGAAAUUGUCAAAUGGCAGUUUAAAACAAAAGGAAGUGCUUUGCAUAACCGAAUCAUGGCAUUGGUUACCAUGGGAUGUUGAAGGAGUCUGAAGGCAUACAUGGGUUCGAGCUGAGGAGGCUGUUUCCUGGUGGCUGGGUACAUCAUGAGUUGAACACACCACUUUGGCUCUGUCUUAUGACUCAAGCAUGCUUGUACUCCUGUAUCUGCUGGAAGCCAGGUGGGUCUUCUUGGGAGAACGUUGUAUUUGCCUCAUUUUUUAGGGUGUUUCCAUAGUUAUCGGUUAGUGACUGUGAAGACAGGCUAGUUGGCUGGACAAACCUUUGGUCUCACCUAGUACAGUUGUUCUUCAGCUUAUUGAAGAGGAGUACAGUAAAGCCAGUUAUGCAGACCAUGUUGCAGUGAGAAGUAAUACAUUCAUGACUCUCUGACAACCUUAAACUGCAGCAAGGGAGAGCUGGAAAACACUUCCAGUGUUUCCCAGUGGGAAAGAUGCCUGGGAGCUUGUGGGGUCUCUGCCUUUAAAAGGUCCAGUAAAGAGGCUGAACAACUAAAAAAGCAGAGGUACUUAGCCCUGCCUCAGUUCAGGGAUCCUCCAGACCUCCUUUCUGUUUCUAUUUAUAUCUAUCUAGGUAUUUAGAUGUAUGUGUACAUAAUAUACCUAAUAUAUAUAGUAUGUAUUAUAUAUAGCAUGUAUUAAUAUAUAUAGUAUUUAUAGAGAAGUUAUUAAACAACAUGAUAUGUAAAUAAAAUUAAUGUAAAUAAAUCAGCAGUGGACUUGUUUCUUACCCCCUAAUUAUUUUCAUGAACAGGAAUUACCAAGUCUGCUUGAGUAUAUGCUUGGUGCCCUGGCAAUUUAAGGCAGGAUACGUGUGAGUAGAUAACUGAUGGUUUUAAAGGGAAGCUCAAAUCCCUUAUGCAGAGUGCCAUGAGUAUGGUGAAUGCGCUGAAGCUGGAUCCGGAGCAGCCGGAUGGCUGGAGGACCCUGUUCAGCCCCCAUGCAGGAGGCUGCGGGGCUGCCAUGCGCGCCAUGUGCAUCGGGCUACGUUUCUGCCACACCAGUGAGCUGGACACCCUGGUGCAAGUCAGCAUCGAGAGCGGCCGAAUGACCCACCACCAUCCUACUGGCUACCUGGGGUCACUGGCUUCAGCCCUCUUCACAGCCCUUGCAGUGAAUGACGUGCCCCCCCUGGCCUGGGGGAAGCAGCUGCUGGAGGUGCUGCCAAAGGCAAAAGCCUACGUGCGGGACACUGGCUUCUUUGUGGAGGAGAACAUGGGGCAAUGGCAUUAUUUUGAAGAGCAGUGGGAAAAAUACCUGGCAGAGAGAGGCAUAGCAGAUGGGAUCUCGCCACCCACCUUCCCCCCAAGGUAUGGCGUGGAAGAGAGAGACUCCUUCUACACCUCCCUCAGCUAUGAUGGCUGGGGGGGCAGCAGUGGGCACGAUGCCCCUAUGAUCGCUUACGAUGCGGUGCUGGGCGCAGGGGACUCGUGGGCAGAGCUGGCUCACCGGGCCUUCUUCCAUGGUGGGGACAGCGACUCCACUGCUGCCAUUGCGGCCUGCUGGUGGGGUGCCAUGCAUGGCUUCCAGGGUGUCAAUGACUCCCUCUAUGCCCAACUUGAGUACAGAGACCGCCUAGAACAGGUGGCCAAGGCCUUGUACCACCUCACCUAGAUGGGGGCAGCAGGGCCCCCAGGGGUGUGCUUACCUCACAGCCAGCCUCCGCUCACUCAAGGUUUAGCAAACUCCAUUUGCAAACCUCUUGGGUUAAAGCACAGGAGUGUCAGCUAGAGUCAGGUCUGCUUUUUUUGUGUGCAUGUUGGCCUCAAUGGGGGUCUGUUUUGGAGCUAGCAGCUUGGGGAUGGUGGGUAGGGGAAGCACUUACAAGGUGGUUUGAUGGGAGCAGCCAAGCCCUGAGACAUCCCUCCUCCACUGCAUGGUGGCUGCACAUUGCCUGGCCCUCAAGGGGAGCAGGGACACGCACUGCAGCCAUGCCUCAGCAGCAAAACCCGUUCAGGCUGCCCCAGACCAGGGUCCUGCCCAUAUGAGCAUGCUUGAGAGAGUCAGGGAUGCACACCUGACUGCAGGGAGUGUACAUGGGCUGCAGAUGCCUCCCAGCAAGCCUAAGCUAGCCCAAGCUCCCUGCCUGGUACUAUCACCAGGGAGUGCUGGGGACACCACUUGCCAUCUAGCACUGAGACUAUAGCAGAUGCAGCCCAAGACAACCUGCUGGAGGGGUGCAAGGGGAGCAGGCAAACAGCCAGUUGUGCCUGGAGACAGCAGCUCUCUCAUACAAUUAUUUUAGCAGAUUUUUUUGUUUUAAAUGAAUGUGGGGAAAAAUCCCAAACCCAACCUCACAGCUGUGUCAGCAGUGCAUUUUGCACAAUGUCACAACACUUCUACUAUACAGGUGAGAAUGUAUCAAACUAUUUCCCUACUUCAGUUAGCGUCGGAGUUCAAGACUACUAACCAAACCUUUCAUCAAGGUAAAAGUGGGUAAUGAAAAUGAACAGGUUGUGCUUUACAUCAACUUAAGCAGCUUCUGUAGUGAGCAAUAUUCUUCUGUUUACAUCAAGGUUACUAAAGAUUAUUUGCUUAGUGUUUGCUAUGGAUAAUUCCAUAAAAAAAAAAGUUUUUUCUUCAAAUCCAGACCAAAGUACUUCCUGUUUUCAGAGCAAUUUAAAAAACGGUGUAUCCCAUUCAAUAAACAGACCUGACGUGCCUUGGUUAAAUGUUACAUUCUGUUAUGGGAUGAAUUAAGGGAUGGGAGGGAGAAGCAUGAAGAGCCAGAGGGUGUAAGGUGUCUGCAGGCUCCAGCA